AUGUCGUCACCACCAAACUCCAUCCCUUACCACCUGCCACGAUGUACACUCCUCAUACCCAAUAUGCACUGUCCAUCCUGUGUCGAAAGCAUCACCUCCAUCUUAUCGUCCGUCCCUCAGAUAUCGCAACUUGACGUCUCCCUCCUCGUUCGAUCCGUGACCUUCUCCAUCGAUACGUCUAUAGGGGGAUCUCUCAAACCAAAGUCAGCGGCUGGCAUCAUCGCCAAAGUUAAGGAGCUGUUGGUUCUUGAAGGAGGCUUUGUCGUGGAGCAAGUGGGUCAAGAGGUAUCCUCGGAUCGUAACGAAAAAGGAUCGACCACCGACUUCACUCGCUCAAACAUCCUCCGCUGGCUCAAGCCAAACUCCAAAGGACGACCCAAGCAAGAUGCAGAGGAAGAACGUCGGGCCAAACAUCUAGCGCAUUGCGAUGUCUGCCAGGAGGAAGAGCGGAACCCAACAUCUGCAUCUGUUGCUGCUGUUCAGGACGCCUCUGAAUCUACGCAACGCAGUUUUGGUGGAGUCGAUGUGACCAAGACGAUUCUCUCUAUCUCCGGAAUGACCUGUGCGGCUUGCGUCCAAACGAUCAGCAACUCUCUCCGAUCAGACAGUCGGAUCAUAUCAGUCGAUGUGGAUCUGCUGUCUUCCUCAGGGACUAUUCGACACUAUGCAAAGUUUGCACCUGAGGACAUUGCAGAAGAGAUUGAAGAUCUAGGGUACGAAGCAGAAGUCGUUUCGACCGUCGUGGAGCCGUCAGUGGUACAAAAGGAUUCAGCAAAAGAUGGCGUGGACACGGAUGGUGAUCAUGUCGAUGCUCGAUCCACCUCAUUCAGAACCACGUUCAGCGUCGAAGGGAUGACCUGCUCCUCUUGCUCCAACGCCAUUUCCACGGCUCUCCGAGAUUUAUCAGGUAUCGAAUCUGUCAAUAUCGAUGUCAUGGGCAACAGUGCCGUCAUUGUUCAUUCUGGAUCCCUGCCCAUCUCUCAACUCAUCGAGACUAUCGAAAAUCUCGGAUACGAAGCGAAAGAAGUGUCAAGUCUUCUUACGGAUGACUCGCUUUUCAAAGGAAUCGACGUCGCCCCCGAAGCCGAUACCACGGUGCGAACGAUUCACAUCAUGGUCGAAGGAACCUACUGUCACAAGUGUAUCUCUCAGCUCAAUACUGCUAUGGUGAACCUUCCUAUCAUUCGCUCGACUCCAUUCUCGCUCAAGGAUCCAUCAUCGAAGAUCACUUAUGAUCCCAAGAUUAUCACCAUAAGGCAGAUCUUGACCUUUCUGGAUACCCUCGCCCCCGAGUUUGAGAGCCACAUCCUCAAACCUAGGUCAAUAUCGGAACGAAGUAGAGAUAUCCAAGCUAGGGAAGUCAGGACACUGGCGGCCCAUCUGGUCGCCGCUAUCGUCUUUGCAAUCCCAACGUUUGUCGUGGCUGUGGUCGGAAUGAUCUUGCUCCCGCAUGGAAAUGACUUCAAAGAAUGGCUGAUGAGCCCGAGAUGGGGAGCAGCCAACGCAGGGACAUUGAUCCUAUGGCCUCUGGCUACGAUCAUUCAGUUCGGUGUUGGAAGGCUAUUCUACGCUAGAUCUCUCACUCCCAUCUAUCGUAAAAUUAAAGGAUCUCUUAGGUCCAGUAAAUCACACUCAGGUCGUUGGUCUUGGCGAUCACUGUUCAAUUUCGGCAGCAUGGAUCUCCUCGUGGCUCUGUCGACCUCUGUCGCUUACUUCUCCUCCAUAGCCAUGCUUAUCAUCGAUGUCCGAUCGUCCCGCACUUCCAAAUCGAUCGGCACAUAUUUUGACUCGAGCGUGUUUUUGAUCAUGUUCAUCUUGCUCGGUCGGACGCUCGAAGCGUAUGCGAGGAGUCGGACGACCGAUGCGAUCAGUCUACUGGGUCAACUUCGACCUGAUACUACAUUAUUGGUUGGCGGUGCAGAAUGCGAAAAGACCAGUGGGUCACCGGCUGGACACGCUCCGGGCUCGAACGACGAGAGCGCGAAUGAGAAGGAUGAGGCGUCUGUGGAGUCACCAUCAGAUGAGGAGACUCUGGGACAGACUCGGAACAUCUCUGUGGAUCAUCUCGAAAAGGACGACCUCAUACUUGUCCCUCCUGGAUCUCUACCUCCAACGGAUGGAAUCGUCGUUUCUGGAAACACAACUUUCGAUGAAUCGUCCUUGACUGGCGAAUCGCACCCUAUCUCCAAACAACCUGGCGACCCUAUCUACACUGGAACGACGAAUCUGUCUUCCGCCAUUACUAUUCGAGUGACGUCCCUUCCGACAGAAACGAUGCUAGAUAAUAUCAUCGGAGCCGUCUCCAACGCCUCGGCGCAUAAAGCACCCAUCGAAAAGUUGGCGGAACGCCUCACAGGCGUAUUCGUCCCUGUUAUCGUGUAUAUCUCCCUCAUCGUCCUCAUUACCUGGUUGAGCCUUGCCCUGACUGGUCAUCUCUCCAAACAUCAAGAUGGAAAUGGAGGAGCUAUAUUUUACGCCAUUGAAUUCGCCAUUGCCACGUUGGUUGUGGCUUGUCCGUGUGGCAUAGGUCUCGCUGUCCCAUGUGCAAACGCAGUGGGGAACGGACUUGCGGCGAAAGCUGGCAUCUUGGCCAGUGGUGGUGGAGAAGCCUUUUUGGCCGCUACCAAGGUCGGCACGGUCGUCCUGGACAAAACGGGCACGUUGACAGAGGGGAAAAGUCGAGUGACGGAUGAGAGGCAUUGGCUUGGGGAUGACGAAUGGCAAAGUCUACCGAGACAUGAUCUGGAGAAGGUCAUAUUGGAUAUCGAAAGGGGAUCGACCCAUCCUCUGGCUAAGGGCUUAGUGGAGUUUCUCGAGUCAAAGGGAAAUAAAAGUACUGGAUCGCAGUCCAGCUUUGCAGCAGUACUGUCAAGCGAGGAGAUCGCCGGACGAGGUAUCCGCGCGACUGUCAAGCCCCAACACAGCGUCCAAUCGUUCGAACUCCUCAUUGGGAAUCCAGCCUUACUCUCUGAUCACCAUUUGGUUCUGAGCACAAAACAAAUAUCACACAUGGAACAAUGGUUCAGACAAGCCAAAUCUGUCGUACUUGUCGCUAUCAAAUCUUCUUCCUCCCUCUCUGCUCAAUUCGUCCUCACUUCCAGCUUCGCUCUCUCGGAUCCGCCUCGUCAAUCUGCGCAACCGAUUCUGUCUCAGCUUCAAAAGAGCGGUAUACGUAUCAUGAUGCUCUCGGGUGAUGCUCCUUCGACAGCGAGAGCAGUCGCCAAGAUGGUAGGCAUUCCUGAAGAAAAUGUGAGAGCAGGUGUCGGGCCAAUCGAAAAGGCAAAUACGAUCAAGGAGCUACAAGAAGGAUCUAGUGGUUCUCCAUAUGCGGAACCUUCAAAUCGAUCACUUGUCGAACGGGUGGUAUCUUGGACUGGGAAGGGGAGAAAUAAGUCAAAGCAACCUAUUGUCCCGAGAUCCAAAAUCAUGUUUGUCGGUGACGGUCUCAAUGACGCCGUUGCGUUGGCUGCUGCAGACGUAUCUGUCGCCAUGGGACAUGGAUCUCAAGCGGUCUUAGCGGGAUCUGACUUUGUGCUCCUCUCAUCUACCCUCUCGACUCUACCUACCCUUUUCAAACUCUCCAAAAAGGUAUACAACCGUCAACGUCUCAACCUCCUCUGGGCCAUCAUGUUCAAUACGGUCUGUAUACCCUUCGCUGCCGGUAUCUUUUACCCUGCCGGAGGAAUCCGAUUGACACCCGUUUGGAGCGCAGUAUUGAUGGCGUUGAGUAGUGUCAGUGUGGUCUUGAGUAGUCUUGCCAUGCGAUGGGGCGUGUAG